GGGCCCCCGGGCAAUAAGGAUCAUGGGGCUCCUGUGUCCUUGCCCAAACUCAAAAAAGCCUAUGAAAAAGUACAGUCAUAUUGAAACAGCACCUAAUGGGCACACACAUAACCCACGCACAUAACAGAGUGAAUUGAAAAGAAUGCUUUCCAGGCAGGGGCGGACUGACAACUCAUGGGGCCCCUGGGCUAUUGGGGAUCAUGGGGCCCUUGUGUCCUCGCCCAAACUCAAAAAAGCCUAUGAAAAAGGUACCAGGAGCAUCUCAUGGGGCCCCCUACUGACCCCGGGCCCUCGGGCACUGCCCGAGUUUCCAAAUGGUCAGUCUGCCCCU